AUGGGGUUCUCCAUCACCUCAGCUGUAAUGGGUGCAGUUAUCAUCAUUUGUUACAGUAUCAUGAUUUCUUUGAGCGAUUCUGGAUCCUAUAACGGCUAUUACGACUAUAGCUAUGGACGAGGUUAUUACCGCUAUGAUGGAAAGAUGGCCAUUCUCGCCAUAAUGCUUAUCCUGGGUAUUAUUGCAUUUGGGGCUGGAAUAUGGGCAGCAAUAUGUACCUGUUUAAUGAAGCCAUGCGGUUGCUGCGGACAACCGCAGGUAAGUCGGGCGUCAGCAGUUUCAUUUUGAAAAUUGCUCAGAAAUUCCAGUCAGACUAUCGCUGCGCAUCCAUGCUGUGAGGCUGUCGAUGUAAUCUUUGUACUAUCAGGAAUAAAAUGUUACGUUAAGGCCCUAUAUUGUAACCGAAAGUGGGCCCUGAAUAUAUAACUUACUGCCCUUUUAGAUAUUUUUCAUUCUUCUCUCAUAAGUAUUCUACUGUACUUUACUAUUUUAUUGCAUCGAGUUUGCGUAGUGAGGACGUCGUGUGGGUUGGAUGUUCAAGAAAAAAAAGUAACAACAGCCAUAAAAAAUCCUUUUCUGUAGUUUAAAAAAUAACGAAAGAAAACUAUAGUAAAAAUUUGUACCCAUGGCACACCUAGAGUACAUGUGUAUAUAAAAACAUGAAACGUCAAACUGAUCCUUACGGCAAGGUGAUGAAGAAGUCAACAAAAGAAUAAAACAGAAAAAUAUAUAUUUAAACAAAUUGGGUAAUUUGCUGAAAUAUAUAUAUUGAUUAUAAGUUUAAUUAUACUGAUCCAGGCCUACAACUGAGAGAUCCGGCACUACUCAUUGGUUUGUUGCUGUGGACUUGCUGACAUUUUAUGACGGGUCUUUUAUAUACAUGUGUCAGUAUGUCAGGGUAAUUUUGUAAUAUUUGAAAUAAUUACAGGUAGACCAGCAGAUGUAUGGUUAUCCAGCCGGUGGUUACGUCAUGACCCAAAUGUCCGCGGGUAAUGUUCCUGUGGCUGUUCCUGUGCAGGCAAUGCAAGCAGGCGCCGGUGGAGCAGCAGCACAGGGUUACCAUCAACCGAUGGUGGUAGUGCCUGUUUCUGGUGCAGCAGGGGGUCAAAUGAUAGUCCAGCAAGCUGCCUCACCUGAAGGGAUGGCUACAGAUGCCCUACAGCAGCAGCAGGAGGCUCCUUCGUUCACACGUGGAGGUUACGUUGCACUGCACGACGAGCAGGUUUGUCUGAUACUCUCUAUGGUAGGGUGGGGGUAAUGCAAAACUAAGCGAACAUGUCGCGAGACGAGAACAUCCACUGAGUGAAACCGAGGAAGCAUUUAGCUGUGAUGGAGCUUUUACCACAUGUUUUCCUAGGCUUUCCACUAGGCUGAAUUACCAGCUUCCGUUUGGGAUGGCGAAAAUCGAGCCUAGCUUUGCGCGUGUUAAGAGUGAAAAUGCUACCCAACAACACGUGACUUAAUUAGUAGGUUCACGAAUAACACUCAGACUGACAAAAUUAAACGAUAACGAUGGGAUAGCAUGAUGAUAAUGAUGAUAAUGAUGACGAUGCUGUUGAUGAUGAUGAUGAUAAUGAUGUUGAUGAAGAUGGUGAUGGUGAUGAUGAUGAUGAUGAUGGUGAUGAUGAUGAUGAUGAUACUGAUGGUGAUGAUGAUGAUGAUGAUGAUUACAAAAACAGGCAUAUCCCUGGAAGAGACCCCUGCUAUCCGACUCUCGUAAUACCACCCCUUUCUGUACAUGACAUGAUCACGAAACCUUAUGUAGGUCAUUACCUGACUUUUUAGAUAGUCGAGUCGACAUUAGUUGACCAGUCAAACAUACACCUCUAUAAAUUCAUAAAUUAUGCAUCUAACACUUGUCUUCUUUCCUUUCCUUUAUAGCUACAAGUGAAGCUCUAG